AUGACUACAGCACAAGACGAAUACAACGAGCUUUUCCGCGACAAGUCACGCAGAACCCACCACCCCGAAGACGACAACGAAUCUAUUCCUUCAGAGAACGACGACCUCUUGUCCGACUUUGACGACGAACCUUCAGCUCUACCAAACCUGCCCUCAAGGGAUCAUGUACCGCGAAACAAGUCAUACUCGAACACAGGCCCAAAGGGUGUCAUCGCCGAUGCCCAAGCCUUCGAAGCCGCGCGCAGAGAACGCAAUUCAUCGCCAAAAGCAGGCACACAAAAUUACGCAUACACACCGAAUGUCGCAAGGCUGAGUCUGGACGGUCGCAGCAAAGGCAGUCAAAGCGGAAGCGAUAUUGAGAGCGAAGAUGAGUUCAUGGCCGAGUGGCGGCANAAAAGAUUGAAUCAGCUGUCUUCAAACGGACGCCAGGCGAGCAAUAGUAUUGGCCAGCCAAGAAGUCGCGCAACCUAUGGAGGUCUUGUGUCGGUCGAUGGUGAGGGCUACCUGGAUGCUGUGGACCGCAGUCCUUCAAAUACCGUCGUCGUCGUCUUCAUCUACGACGACUCGUCAGAGGUCAGCUACAUGGUCGAGGAUUGCAUGCGCCAACUGGCCCGCAAGCACAAGACAACACGCUUUGUCAANAUGCAUUAUCUCGAUGCCGAGAUGGAACCUGCUGGUGUGCCCGCUGUCCUGGCAUAUCGUGGCGGCGACAAGUUUGCAGGCCUCGUGCCUGUUGUCGACGAGAUCCCUGAUGAUGCCGACCUCAGUGUCAUUACUCUCGAGAACCUGUUCCAAAAGUUUGUCUCACAUCACUGGCUUUUCUAUAUCUAUUAUUGGCUAACCUCUCCUUCCUACAGACACCAGAUCCUAUGA